UACAUAAUUAUCAAGCGUAAAAUUCACAGAUGCGAAAGAUGAGCACACAGUUCACAUCAAUUUUUGGUCAACGUUUUUUUGGUCCAAAAAGUCUAAUUAUAAAAAUCCCUUUGCUUUCCGACUCAUUCAUUUGGGUAUUACUGCGGUUUACCCAGCAACUUGAUAGGAAGGCUUUAAAACCACCCUGUGGAUUGCAGAAAUUUGAGGACAAACCAACCAGUUCGGAAAGAGAGAGAAAUAAAGUCAGUUGUUUUAGGAUCCGGAUGAGCUGCGCAAAACAACAGUCUUCAAGAGGCCAAUUCAUGCAUUCUCGGAUAACGACUUGACCUGAUAACAAAUUCGGAAGAGUCAAGGACAGGAUCUUUGGAAAAUAUCACACAAACACACGUAGACACAAGAAGGUGAACAAAGAAUCGAGAGUCGCUUCGUAAGAGCACAUCGUCUCCAAACUGAGAUGGACGCCACCUCAACUACCGCAGUAAUGAGCACUAGUAAUGUAACAAGCAUGACCACGACAGCCACACCAGAAGAGGUUUACGAUCCGUUGUGGGUCAUCACAAUACGCUGGAUUAUUGGAGCCAUUAUUGUUUUCGUAGGGUCUAUUGGUAACGUGAUGGUUUGUGCGGUGGUGUACAAGAACCAAAGAAUGCAGACUGCUAUGAAUUUGUUUUUAGUGAACUUAGCCGUGUGGGAUAUCCUGGUGUGCUUAUUCAACAUUCCGUUCACGCUAAUUUACAAUCAACUUAAGUCAUGGCCUUUUGGACUCUUCUGGUGUAAAACAAUGCCGACUUUGCAGGUUAUGAAUUUGAGUGCAUCCACUGGUUCCCUGGUGGCCAUCACUAUCGAACGCUACCGCGCAAUCUGUCUCCCCUUUACACCACCCCUGUCAAAAUUUCAAGCCAAGCUAAUAAUAGCAAUCGUUUCAAUGUCUUCGUUCCUGGUUGCUUUGCCUGAAGUUGGAGCUUACAAACAAGCACCACCAUUUGGAUGCAUGGAAGUGUUUCCUACAGAAGAUCUCAGAAAGGCAUACUCGUUAUUUCUCUUCCUCUUCUGCUAUUUUCUCCCGUUUUUAUUCAUUGCCCCAGCAUAUACCAGAAUGAUAUUAAAACUGUGGCAAGAAGAUCGUGACGAGAGCUCACCUUCAAGUGGAGUGACAGAGGAUCCCAAGAACCAAAGAAGAAAACGGAACGUCUUAAGGAUGAUGGUUAUUGUUGUUUUGUGCUAUGCCAUUUGCAUGUUGCCUACGUAUGCCACCUUCUUGUGGCUUGACUUUGGAUUAUCAGGACCACCACCGUAUUACUUUUUCACAUUACUCAGCCUUAUGCAAAUGAUAACUUUCAUCAAUAGCUGUGUCAACCCCAUCAUUUACUGGUGUCUUAGUGACCAGUUCUCGAAAGGAUUCAAGAAACUAUUUCGUUGCAAAAAGAGACUCAACACGUGGAGUAGACAUACACAACAAUCAUCUUCAUCGUCAUCGGAUCCUCACCACCAUCAUCAAACUAUGCCAACGAAAGUAUGAUGUGAAACGAUGUGAAGACAUUGUUAGUGUAAUAAGCUACGCAUGCGUUGGACCGAGAUAGAAGGGCAAUGGAUACGUACACUUGGAAUACAUAUCUAUCAAUCAGAAAUGGAUACACAUGGGCCUGUUUGUAGACCAUAACCACGCGCAUAAACUAUAAGCACUUAGUGACGUAUGAAGACACAUGAUGGACACUAUAGCCGUGCCAGUACCGACAAACAAAGUUAGCAAGUGCACCAUCCCUAGUUGAAAGUUACCUGGAAAUGACUCAGUCACGUUUGGAUAGAGAGCAUUUCGUUCAUAAACAGCUGCUAGGGAAGAUGAAUUUAAAUGGAUAACAAAUCGCACUGGGUUAACAUAAGCCAGGGAAGUGUUAGUGGUCCAUAAAUCAAACGAUGAGCAAGGUGUCUGUUAUGACCAUGUAUGAUAUUAAAAAACUGCUUUCCAGAUACAACGUUGCCGCUUACAAACACAACCUUACAAGGAAAGCAAAUAAAAACGAAAAGAUUAUAGAAAUUGCUGGAAAUACGAAAGAUUUACCGCAGCGUUAACAGGAACCAAAAGAAUAUCUAUUCUCUUGCGAAGAGCUUGUCAAUGCAGACAGCACAAGUUUUGUAAGAGUGACUGAGUGGACAAAAUAUUAUUUCCAAUGCUGCGCUUAUCCAAUUCUAAGUUGCAAACAUUACAUUCAUUACGUGGCUGAACUGAAAUAACGCAAUAAUAAUGAUAAGAUAAAACGACAGCAGAAGUAGAAAGUUGAAACAAUUUCAACUUAAAGAACAUUUCUCAGAGGCGUGCAGAAUAGAAUUACAUUUUCAGAUCUUACUUUCCGCGUUCCGUCAGAAAAUUAGGAGAACGAUGCAGGAUCAACAAACUAGGUAGUGAGAAUAGAGACACGCCAGCGAAACUGAAUCUUAUUUUUUCUGAGGCAUAUAAUCAUUUGUGUAUAUAUUUUGCUUUCCUUUUUCCAUAUUCCCCUCACACCCCCAAGUCUCUGGACAUACCCUCUUUUAGUUUAAGACAGAUUCCCCUAGUUUGCGAAGAAAGUUUCCGCUAGAAUAAUAGACUUGCAUCUUUGUACAAAGCCAAAGUAUUAUUGCCAGAUAUUAAAAUGUUAAUGUACUCAUCGAU